GCGCCCUUUUUGUUUUGCACAACACGAAAGAGGAAAACACGCCAAAGAAUCUGCAAAGCAAAACAAAAACGCCGUCAGUUCGGUUCGAUUUCGAUCCGGAGCGGGUUCUUGAACGGUCUCGGUCGUCGCGAGUGAGUUUCUUCAAAGUGUUUUCUAGUUGAAGUUAUCAAUUAUCACAAGACUGCGAAAUAUUUGUCGGUUCUUUAGAAUCAGUCAGCAGUGGAUUCAGCAAAAAGGUCCCUCUCUCUCUCUUACACUUUCUUGGAGUGCUGAUGAAUCGCCGACUCAACGCGUAGCAGUGCAGAGCCAGCAGAGAGUGUUCGUCACAGCUAACUGAACCAAAGAGUGCGGCACGGUACCACAACUAAACAACAUCGCGUCGGCAGUAGCUUAUAGUGCGGUCGCAGGUGGUUUUGAACGGACGUAAUUGCGAAUCGAUAUGAAAUCAGGAAGAGAGGAAAAUUAAGGGAUUUUUUAUGCAUUUUUUGAAGAAAGGUUUGGAAAGCUGAUUUGAGGAAGAUUUCAGUGCUCAAAAAGUUCAUAGUGAGGCCGUUCUUUGUUCAAAACAAGGUGCACUUGAUGGAUAAGGCUCUCUUAUCAGUGGUUCACGUAUUUGUGUCAACCCCGAAAGGUGUGUAAAUACUAAAUUUACACCACACUUGGUGGUAGUCCGCUCUAUACACGUGUGUAUUACGCUUCAUAUAGCUAAAGGUGAACUCGUCGUAGAGAGAGCACACUUGUUGAAAAUUGUUUGUGAUACAAAUCGCGAUAGAAGAUCGAAAACCAAAAGGCAAGUCUGCUUGAGGAUGGUGCUAAUUUAGAAAACAGCUCAGUUCUAGUGAAAACAACUCAACAUUAGCACACACGAAAGUAGUUAGGAGAAGACACAAGGUCGCGUGAAAAACCAUGUCAAUAAGUGGAGGUGAUGGCCAUGGCCGUGACGGCUUGGCGGUGGAAAAAUCGAUAGUCCUCCCCCGGCAGGCGCCGCCGAGGAGGACAACAACGUCGAAAUUGAUAACAACUUCUUCGGUUCAGCUGUUUCUGACGGUGGCGUUGGUGGCAGCGGUGGCCUUGCUUCCUGCAGGAUCGCUCGGGAGCAGUCUCGUCCUCAACAGCAAAAACUGCCUCGUCCAGGAACCGCUGUACAACAUCACCUUCAACCUCACAACGCUUGACUCGGACCUGGUGCACCACAUCAAAUCGGACAUUGGUGAAACGUUCACCUUCGACGUGUGCGACCACCUGAAGCGGCCCUGCAACGGCGUGUCCGGCGGUGCCGCCUGUCUUCUGCGCCAGGACAAAUCUGAGGUGCUGCUGGCCCGGGAAUCUACGCUGCAGCUGAUCGAUGGCCGGUUGCACUUUAACUUUAGCGGCGGGGAUGCCUGCAGGAACGGGAAGAACUACUCGCUGGAUAUUAUUCUGAUGUGCAGCUACGCGCCGGAACCGGAACCGAUGAGUGUGGUGCCGUACUCGGACGAUCAGUGCAAUUACUUUAUCUUUUGGCGAACGAAGCACGCUUGCGCGCCACUUCCGGAGAGGUUGCGGGCGAAUGAGUGUGCCGUGCGGGAUCCUUCCGGUCACGUGUUCAACCUGCUUCCGCUGAGUCAGCUAAACCAUCGAGUUCCGGAUCGGAAUGGGUCGCAUUUUUCCGUUACCGCUUGUAAACCGGUUCAUUAUGGCCACAUGACCAUGUGUCCGAUUGGGAGCAGCGUUUGUCACGUGAAUGACAGCGAGUCUGAUUAUACGAAAAAGUACCACGAUUAUGGACAGACGGACGCCAAUCCGACAAUUGAAGAGGGGAAACUCGUCAUGAAUCUCGCUUCCGCCGAGGACAAGUGCCAGAACUCGAAGAUCUUCUUCGAGUGCGACGAAGCGGCAACGGAUUUUGGGCCGGAAUAUCUGGGCAAGGAAGGCUGCACGCAUUUGUUCACGUGGCGAACGUCGUUAGCCUGCAAGAAGCGCGAGUUUUGUGCCGUCGUUGACCCGAACAGUGGGUUCGUGUUCAACAUGAGCUCGCUGGCUGGGAAGCAGAUUAAGCUGGUGGAGGCGAACAGGACGUACGAGUUUGCUAUUUGUAAAACGUCGGAUACGCAGUGUCCGGGAUCGUGCGAGAUCUCCUCGGUCAACUCCCAAACAGUUUCACUGGGGAACAUCAACGCCGAUCUCCAGUACAACAUUACCGGUGCGCCAUACCUGCGCUACGAAUCCGGCGCCGUCUGCAACCAGUCGAGCAACGUCCGCUGGUCAACCAAGAUCGAAUUCAUCUGCGAAACGGACAAGGGCCAGACCACCCCUCCGCCGAAGGUGGUCGAGAACACCGGAUGUGAACUGAUCGUACAGCUUGAGACGGAGCUGGCCUGUUUGCGAAACAUUUCCUGCUCCGCGAUGAACCUGUCGAACGACCGCGAACUCGACCUCACUCCGCUGAUUUCAUCUCAACGGAACUAUCUGGCCGAUGUCAACGACACGCUAACCGCCGUCAAAAAUAAGCAGCAAAAGUUCUUCCUCAACGUUUGCCGCCCUCUCCUCUCGGAGUUUGGCCUGGGAUGUCGCGGAGGUUCCGCGGCCUGUGUGGCCGAGCAGCGCCCCACAGACAAAACACCAACCAACGAGCUCUCACUCGGCUAUCCGGACGCAUCGCUGGUGGUCGUAGGCGAUCGUGCCCACCUCAAGUACCUACGCGGGGAUCACUGUCCGCAGGACAACGCCACCGACCUGUCGACGGAGAUCGAGUUUUACUGCGCGCCCAAAGCGGGUCACGGCAACCCGAUCCUGCAGGAAAUCCUCCACGACUGCCACUACCGGUUCGAGUGGCCAACGAACGUGAUAUGCCCGGGUGUGGUGGCGGAGUUCCGACCAAAGGCCUGUGAAGUAUUCAACGCUGAAACGGGUGCUACGAUCACGCUGCAGAAGAUCUUCGCUUCCGGGGAACUGCAGGUCAGCCCGAGCAAGGGCAGCGUUUCGGAGGAGCUGAAGCGCGGGAAAAUCCAACUUUGCGAUAAGAAUUUGACGGCGCUGGUCGAUUACAAGGAGCAAGCGCUAAAAGUGCACUUUACGGCGAAGGAUCCGAGCUGUGAGGGGACGGGAGGGAACAUCAACGUUAAUCUACACGUGGCCUGUGCUGCGAUCGAGAACUUUGAAGUAAACGAGCAAACUCCCUGCCAUCUGGUGGUGACGCAACUUUCGCCGCAGAUUUGUGACCUCGUUGGAGCUACGGCAGCGAGUGAUGGCGCAGGUAGCAGUACGGAGAAACCGGGUACGCCCCCGCCAACCAAGGGAACGUCAUCGACCACGACGACGACGACGCCGGACCCAAAGGACCAUGGCGGGGAUCCGAAGCAUCCUGCGGUGACCGAUGCCACCCCGGCGGAGGGUUCUUCUGGGGGAAGAGUUGGCGUCAUCCUCGCCGUCCUCACCCUGGUCUCGCUGGCCGGCGCCGGUGGUUUCCUGCUGCUGCGCAACCCGGAACGGCGCGAGUACCUGCGGUCCCUGUUCCGCGGCCGCAACGUGCUGGUGCAGUAUUCGAGGGUUCGCACCAACGAGGAGGCCAGCCUGUUGAUGCAUCCGCCGGGGGCCCUCUCGGACAGCGACGAUGAGAUGCUGAUUUAAUCUGUGCGCGUGUGUAUGUGUGUGUUUUGUGAUUUUCAACCAAUCCAUUUUACAUCGAUUUAAAAAAAAAAAACAAAUAUUGAAAGAUACGCGCCCGUCGCCUUACUCGCUGUGUGAUGAUUAUUACCACUAAAUUAAAAAAAAAAACACUAAACUAAACUAGAAAAGAGAGAAGGAAAAAAGCUGCUAACGUGAUUUGACCAGGAUUGCGGUGAGGGUUCAAAUGAAAGGGUGGAAGCUGGCGUGUUCUUUACAUUAGUCAAUUUCUUUCUAUUAUAAUAUUAUAAAUCGCUAACAUGUAAUGAGCGAGGCUCAAUGUUGUUUUUCUAAUGAUUUAGUAAGAGUGAGAUUUCUAGUUGAUUAAAGCCGAACUUUUCUUUAGCAAAUAUUAAUUUGAUAAAAUUUACACUUUUUCAUGAGAUUUUGCGCAAACGUCUUUGAAUUCCAAGUCAUUUAUCAAACUAAGCAGUUGAAAAUUCUACAUAUUUUUAAUCCGAUUUUAAGACUUGAUUUGUCAACUUUUCAACACAAUUUAAAUUUUAAUAAACAUUUUUAUUUGCAAAUUUCGAUUAAAUCGACAGUCUUCAGAUCACUAAUAAAUCGGUGGUUGAAAUAAAUAUUGGUUAAAAAUUGUCCAAAUUAACUAUGUUCUUCAAACAAGUACGAAUCCUAUUGUCCUUACUAACCUUUGAAAUAACUACUACAAGAUUUAACUUGUUUAUACCGAUCCGAUUUUUUUGCUGAUUCACAUGAAAAAAAGUUUUUUUUAUAAUUUUACUGAAUUUAUGUUACUAGAUUAUAAAUUUUAAGAAUUCCUUUGGAAUAUUUCUAUGGGUUUGACACAACUUAUUAUUUGCUUUUCAUUUAUUUAUUUUUUACAAAAAAAGUCGAAUGACAAAAGGUUGAAAGGACAAAGCGUCGAAUGUGGACAAGUACUUUUUUGGGUUUUGAAAAAAUGAAACAUUGUUUAAUAAAUUCAUUCAAUUCAUUAGACAACCAGUUUUGGUCGUUUUCUGGGAGAUCCGGCCGAAUUGUCUAAGUUAUAAUUGUAGAGAGUGUUUUGUAACAAAAUUUUCGAUCGUAACACAAUUUUCUAUCCGAUCAACCAUUU